GAACGAAGUGACUCAUGCGCAUAGUGUAAGCACGAUGAGUUUUCUAUCAUCCUUAAGCCAAUAUGUGGCGGGAGUGGCAGAUAGUGUGGCAGGACUGGCCCUAUCUCCGCGCCGAGUUCCGCCAUCACGACAUCGGUCAGCUGAGGAGUCACAACAACAACCGCAGUCCUCAGCUGCAACCAUGAGAGGUUUCCCUCGAGUUUUACCAACGGAAGGUGCAUCAGCUCUGAACGCUCGAAGGAGGACUUUGGAUUGCCUGGCUCCAGCCUCCGCUCCAAGGCGAGGUGGAUCGUUGCGCGUGCCUCGACAACAACAACCACCAGAAAAACCAUCGAUGGCUUUCUGCAAGCGUCGCCUGUCCUGGCCUGAAGUCGAUAACUCUGUUAAUUCCGGGGUUCAAGACACCGAUGGAUCAUACUUCGAAAGCUUCACGGCUCUAUCUUGGCGACAAGAAAAUCGACGACUCGCUGCCCUGCGUUUGGCUGAAGCUAGAGCUGAACGUCCGCCGCCCGCUCCUCAUGAUCUUGGCUUACCAAGCGUCUCGGCUCAGCUGUCGCACAAAGAACACGAACAUCUUUACACUGAGGUCCUAUACUGCAUCGAGAACGCAGUAGGCGCACCAGCCCCAGGCGGUCAGUUUGCAGCUUACAAGGAAGAGGUGAUUGAAUAUGCCAGACGGGCUUUCCGCGUGUCACCAGAAGUACACGCCAGGGCACUUAGGGCUGCAGACAGUGAGCGUCCACCUACCGUAGUGUUGGGCUGCGCUGUUAUAGAAGCUGAUGGGCUCGAAGCUAAAGACGCUAAUGGCUUCAGCGACCCUUAUUGCAUGCUGGGUAUCCAGCCAGCGUCGCUGCCGGCUUCUCCCCGGGCGUCGGAAGAUGAAGGUCGCAAACAUGGCUUCAGGCUGAGCUUCAAACGGCGAGACGGGCGCCAGCAACGAGACAGUCUCGGCAGAUUGCCAGCUCGAUACAUUCGCGCCACAAGUGUGCGACCUCACACUCUCUCGCCUAAGUGGAAUGAAACAUUCAAAUUUGAUAUAGACGAUAUAUCAUCGGAUGUUCUACACCUGGAUAUCUGGGAUCAUGAUGACGAGAGCUCAGUCCUGGAUGCAGUAUCUCGGCUUAAUGAGGUGCGAGGUGUUCGUGGGCUGGGCCGUUUCUUCAAGCAGGUCUGCCAAAGCGCUAGGCAGGGAAGCCAGGAUGAUUUCCUUGGGUGUGUAAACAUUCCAUUACGAGAGAUCCCAUCUACUGGAGUGGAGGCGUGGUACAAGUUGGAUGCUCGAUCCCAACGCUCAUCUGUUCAAGGCCGUAUUCGGCUUAGGCUUUGGCUGUCUGCCAGAGAGGCUGGUAGACACGAUGACGAUAACUGGCAACAGGUACGUCAACAUGAGCGCCUAUUUGGAGUUCUACUAGCCCACGAAGUUGAAACAGCGGCUAACAUUGCAUGUGAGGGCGCUGAGAGUGACAGCCACGCGUGGGAAGGUGAUCUUUGUGGGGCAGCUCAAACAUUGUUGCAUCAGCACGCCGUACAGGGGGAUAUGAGUUCCCUGCAGGCAGCGAUUGCUCGCUUUGCAGCAGCUUGCAGACUUAACAGCGAGGCUCCUCUUGAUCCAAAGUAUAUGUUCAAACUGCUCAACGAACUGGAAAGAGCAUGGUGCGCCAGCGAGGCUUUAGUUGGAAGUGGAAGUGGUGAUGCCGGCACGUGCGCAUCUAGAGAUGAAGAGCGUUGGUUAGCUGAUUGUUUUGGCGAGUUGGUUGAACGGGCCUUACACCAGCUGAGGCUUCACCGGGAUCUAUACCCAGUACUUCAUCACCUAAGUUUGAACAAAUUAGAAUAUCUCCUGCGGUGUUUGAACCAGCUGUCGCAGAUGAAAGCUUUUUGGCGUUGCUGUCCAUUUAGCAAGGAAAUGAGAAGUGAAAUAGUAGGAGCUCUUCGCAAGGGAACAGCUGAAUGGUACGACGCGCUGUGUGCCCAAGAUACGGAGUCAGAACGCGGUGAAGACCUAGUCAACCUCAUCACGCUAGUCCAAAUUGACCUUCAACAAGGGCUUACGUACUAUCACCCGUUAUUUGAAACAACAAACAACGUACCCUACUUCAACGUGGUGUUCACACAAAUCGAUAAAAUGGUAUCCGAAGAUGUGAAGCAAUGCGUCGAGCACUGGAUCUCUGAGGGCUGGUGCGGCGUCGCUGAAGAGGAAAGCUAUGAUGUACACGUAUGCAACAUAGUAGCAGCAAAAACGUUGCCAUUCGAAGUACUAGCAGCAGUGAGGGAGCUGAGUGCAGCAGCUGCGCCUGCGCCGCUGCCUCACCCGCACGACCCGCCACCACAACUGCUUGAUGCCUACCAAUGGUUUGAGCCCCUAAUCGAUCGUUGGUUGGCGGUCACUAAAACUAUGGCGCUGCAAAGAGUGCGAGCAGCUGUAGAACUUGAUCGACCCGUUGACGGAGAACACAUUGUGAAACAUAGCACAUCCUCAGUGGAUACAGCGGCAUGUUUAUACCACAUGCGGCUUGUCUGGCGUUCCAUCGGUGGGGCUGAAGAAGGUACUCUAGGAGGAAGCGUGAGACUUCUAGAGGCAGCUUGUGCAACCGCUUUGCACUACGCCGAUUUAGUACACGGUGCAUUAGCUGACCAGGGAUAUUACGAAAACCAUGGUCAGAACAAAUCAACUGAAGAGAUUUGUACAAUUGUUAACAAUUUGGAAUACGUUCGCCGUUCUCUGUCUGAAUACGACGAUGAGCAGAUUGCUAACGACGACAAUUCCCGCCAACUGGUUCGCGGUGCUUUGGGUACCCUGGAGUGUCGGUCGAUUCGUGCCGCCGUUCCGCUUGCAGUGAGGGCUCGACCCCCUCUCCGCAAGGCUGUGUUCCACCUCGCCUGGUCGCCUGACUCACUCCCCACACAGCAGGCAAUAACACCGCUAUUGGAGUAUUUGGAUCAACAUCUAUCAUCUUUGAACACCUGGUUGUUGCCUCGAGCCUUCACAAGGGCUUUAGCGGCCUGUUGGAACGCUGUGCUCAAGGAGGUGUCGAAUCAAGCAGACUCGGGAGGUGCAGAGAAACCCCGGGUCUAUCAUCACAGAUUGAAGGAAGCGUUGGAUCUUCUCGCUGAAUUUAUCCACGCUGAAGGAAAAGGUCUCCCAAUGACGGAAGUGCACAAUACCGAAUGGAAACGUCUAGAACAACGAAUGCAAUAUCACCAAGCACCAACUGAAGAGUUGCUAGAGCUUUGGCUAGAGGACCGGUUAACAGAUCAAGGGCGUACACCACUGCCUUCGCCCUAUGGGUCCAUCUUAAUCAGAGUGUACUUCAAUCACGACUCUCUAUGUGUGGAAAUACUGUCGGCGCGUGACGUGAUUCCGCUCGAUCCGAACGGAUUAAGCGACCCUUUCGUGGUCCUCGAGUUGCUGCCCAAGAGGCUCUUCCCCAAAACACACGAACAGACCACUAAUGUACAAAAGAAAACACUGAACCCGGUGUGGGACGAGUGUUUCGAGUUUGCCGUGUCCUUGGAGGCGUGUCGGUCACCACAAGCGACCCUGGCUUUAUCCGUGUGGGACCGGGAUGUACUGACCGCGGACGAUUUCGCCGGGGAAGCCUUUGUACCCAUCUCACGUGUGCCCGGGGUCAAUAGUCACGCACCGCCGGACCCUCUGAGGCCCAUAGAGCUACCACUUAUGCAGUUACAUGAUCGGGGACACCCGAUUUUGCAGAUUCUGGAAUCUCGAAACACGGACAAAAUGGCUAUGGAUUUCAUUAAAAAACAAAAACUGCGAUUCGCUGAAUAAAUUUUCUUUUAAUUUCAAUUGUAUUUACAAAUAUAAAACUAUCCUUCGCUGUUUCUGUCUGCACAACGUCCAUUUAACAUUUCGACAAUAUAUUAUUGAAAAGUAUAUUUAAAAAGAUUUCGAUGUAUUUAAAGAGUUGGUUUUUACAAAAGUAUUAUGAGAUAAGAAAAUUUUAUCAGUAUUAAAUUAUAGAUGUAUAUGUAUAAUUAAUGUGUACCAAAGACUGUAUCUUGUAUUGAGAGAAUAUUGCGUAUGUUGGUUUUCUAAAUAUAUAUGUAUGUGUAAUUACUGUAUAGCCUGCACUCUCAGAGCUUAUGUCCCUAGUUGUUAGAAUCUAGUAGAAAAUCCCGACCAAGUAUUAUAAGACUUGCUGUUGUGUUUGUAGUUCUCUAUGAAUAUGUAAGACCUGAACAAACGUAGCAAUUUCACCAUAUAUGAUUAUACAUAAUACUAGUUUCAUUAAAUGAUCGAAAAGUAUCGCGUACUUGAACGUCGGGAUUAUAAAAUUACAUUAAAUGUUUCCGACAAAUUUGUGUCAAAUCAGUGCUAAAGUCGGUUAAAACAAGAGAAGGAGACGCGUUUCUUUAUCUGAAUAGCUCAUCCAAUCAUCCAACAUUUAAUAUGCCGAGACCUAUACAAUAAACCAGGUUUAACAACGCCGUGUUCUAUGCUUGCAUGAUGUCCAUUAUUCGAAGAAACUUUCUGUCUUUUAAAAAAAAUGAUAGAAGCAUGCAAUCUGAGAGAAAGAUUGCAUUUGGUUUAUUAUCAAAUUGCUACGUUUGAACGGUCCCAUCUCAACAAUAGACUCGUUUUAAUUACUUUCGUUAUCAAUAUCCCUCAUGGCUUUGCCUUCUGACCUCACCUAUCUUGCACAGCUCUCACCGCAAAACUUUGUGCCACAACCUAAGCUUUAAUAUGAGCUUCAGAGCGUUGAGAAGUUCUAUCAUAUCUUGUUCUUGUCUUGUCGACUGAUUUUUCAUUGUUAGUCUUAAGUAUUUGUAAUUAUGGAUAUUUAGUAUUUUAUAAUCGAUGUGAAAAUUUUCAAUGUGUAUACAAUUGUAGAAUCGUAUUGAUGUUUAUGAAGUAAGAUUUCUAUGCGAUUUUUCGGCUUGAUUUCGUUAGAGCUUUUAUUGUGAAACGAUAAUGUAUUUUAUUUACAAAACACUGAACUAUUUUUGUAUUUAAGUUUUUGUCGAAAUAGUUUAUCGCUAUUUAUUUAACAAAUGCCAAAUGCUUGUGUGUUAUUUAUAUCUUGUAUUGACAUCAUAGAUAAAUGGAAAUAUAUUAGUAAACAAAUAUGACACAAAUCAAUGGGUUGGAAAAAAUUUUGGUCACACAUUUUUGAAACGAUACAUAAUGUCAUGAAAAAUAUCGUAGCAAUAGUGAAUAUUUUAAAUUCCUGCCGGAGAUUGUAGUCCGGGCGCUAGAGGUGGUUGAGUAUUCAAAAUGUGUGUGACGAAUUUCGCCAACGGAUUUGAGUUAAGAAAAGGUCAAGGAUUAAUAAUGUGGAUCUUGCCGGUCUAUUUUUUUGGUCCAUUUUUUUACCCCCUUUUCUCUUAUGCGUAAAGGGAAUUAAUUGAAUACUACUACCUCUAGCGUCUGGACUAUUGGAUGAAUUUUUGAAAAGUUAUAUGAAACUUUAUAAGUGACUGGAAUCACUAUCUAAAACAUAUAAUUAUACUUUUUAUAAAUGUAUCCUAUAAAGAAAAAAAUCUUAAAGAUUUUUAAUUUCCUAUAGUCCAGCCAUUUUGUAAUGUCUACAAACUACUAUAAUAUCCAAAUUAUAUUUGAACCAAAAAUCAAAAAUCCAUAUCCACUUGAUAAAAGUUUUUAUAUUACAGAGCUUAUUUAUAAAGAAUUAAAUUUUUUAUAUUCUUAUUUACCUAAACAGUACUUUAGUGUCAAUUAAUGUUUAGGCUAAAAUUUUCUUAUAAAAUAUGACAUUAAUUCUUAUAUUGCAGAGAUAUUUUUUCAGAUUUUAACCGCAUCUACGAAAGUAUUUGAUAUUUUUGGCCCAUAUUCAAUAAAAUAUAUACUGACAGUUUGUAUUACUUUACGUUUUGCUAAAACAUGUAGUAAUUUCAAAUGCUUGUCCAAUGAAGUGUUGUGCUUUAGAAUUUGCAACUUAUCGCAACUAUUAUUUAAUGUUCUUUCCUCUAGAACGAUAAAUAUUGUAUCCGUGUAAUCAAAAAUUGUAGUUGGUGUAAUGUAUAAAUGUUUUGUGGUUAUGUUCCUAGCUCAUAGACUGUAUAAUAAUAUUUUUCUUCAUUUGCUGUGGCCAAUAAUAAAGAAUUAAAGAAU